AUGGCCGAUGAUCCAAAGUAUGCCCCACCAAAAAAACUUGGAGAAUUUUUGUCAAAAUCAAAAAAAUUAUUACCAUUUUUAUGGCCAACGCAUGAUGUGAAAUUACAAAUAUUUAUACUUAUCUGCAUUCUACUUUUGGUCGCUGGUCGAAUUGUAAAUAUUUUGCUGCCUUAUCAAAAUAAAGUAUUGGUUGAAGGUUUGAAAAGGGGCGAAUUUGUUUGGAAAGAAAUAUUAGUUUUUGUUGGUCUUAGAUUUUUACAAGGAAACGUGGGUCUACUAAACACGUUACAAAAUUUUUUAUGGAUACCUGUUGGACAAUUCACGACGCGUGAAAUCUCGGUAAAGAUGUUUGAACAUCUAUUAAAUCUUUCUCUGAGGUUUCAUCUUAGCCGUAAGACUGGGGAAAUAUUACGAGUUCAAGAUCGUGGCGUUUCUUCCAUUGUAUCUAUUCUUUCGUCGUUUCUUUUUGAUGUCGUUCCUACGCUGGUUGAUAUAGCUAUUGCUGUAGUCUAUUUUACAUAUGCUUUUGAUAUUUUCUUUGGAAUGAUUGUGUUUGUGACUAUGUCUUUAUAUUUAGUAUCUACAAUUAUAAUGACAGAAUGGAGAACUAAAUAUAGAAGAUUAACAAAUUUUUUAGAUAAUGCUAUGGAAUCCAAGGCAGUCGAUUCAUUAUUAAAUUACGAAAAUGUUAAAUUGUAUACUGCGGAAUCUUUUGAAGUUAAUCAAUAUUCGGAUGCAAUUAAGUCUUAUCAACUUGCUGACAAAAAAUCCAACUUAACUUUAUAUAUACUUAAUACAACUCAAAAUGUUGUUAUUCAAUUGGGACUUUUGGCUGGUUGUCUCUUGUGUGCUUCACGAAUAAGGAGAGAUGAAAUGAGCGUAGGAGAUUUUAUUAUGUAUUUAACCUACAUUAUACAAUUAUAUGGCCCGCUUAAUUGGUUUGGGAAUUAUUAUAGAGUAAUUCAGAAAAAUUUCGUAGAUAUGGAAAAGAUGCUUGAUUUGCUCCAGGAACUUCCGGAAGUAAAGGAUUUACCUCAUGCAGAACCACUUACUGUUCAAAAAGGAGAAGUUAUCUUUGACAAUGUGUCUUUCUAUUAUGACCCAAGAACUCCGACCCUUAAAAACAUUUCUUUUACUAUUCCAAGUGGUUCUACUGUAGCUUUAGUAGGUCCAUCUGGUGGUGGCAAAUCAACAAUAUUUCGUCUCCUAUUUAGGUUUUAUGAUGUUCAAAAUGGUCGAAUUCUUGUUGAUGGACAAGAUAUUAGGCAUGUUCGACAAAGGGAUUUAAGAAGUUGUAUUGGAAUUGUACCCCAGGAUACAGUAUUAUUUAAUGAUACAAUAAGAUAUAAUAUUCGUUAUGGUAAAAUAGGCGCUACUGAUAAGCAGGUUGAGGAAGCUGCAGAGGCAGCUCAAAUUCAUGAUAAAAUACUGGGUUUUCCUGAUGGUUACGAUACCAAAGUUGGUGAACGAGGACUUAGAUUAAGUGGCGGGGAGAAACAAAGAGUCGCAAUUGCAAGAACACUAUUAAAGAAUCCGCAAAUCGUGUUACUUGAUGAAGCAACAUCUGCACUUGAUACGCAUACAGAAAGGCAUAUACAAAAAUCCUUGCGUCGUAUGACUGUAAAUCGAACAACAUUAAUUAUUGCUCAUCGCCUUUCAACAAUUGUACAUGCUGACCAAAUUCUUGUACUACAGGGCGGUGAAAUUGUUGAAAGAGGUAAAUUAAUUAAAGAUACAUUAUUUAUAUUAUUUAUUUCAUUAACUUUAUGA